AUGACACAAACACGAACACAAACGCACGGCACUUGCGACCCUAGGUUUCAAGAGGUACGCAAGCAACUUCAGGACAAUAUCGACAGUGGAGAAGAAGUCGGCGCCGCCAUUGCUGUCAACAUUGAUGGCAACGAUGUUGUAAACCUGUGGGGUGGCUACACGGACAAGGAACGCACCCAGCCAUGGACCAAAAACACCCUCGUCACCAUCUUCUCCUCCACCAAGACCGUCCUCAGUCUCGCCAUCCUCAUUCUCGUCGACCAAAAAGUCUUUUCGAUCAACGACAAGGUCUCGAAGCAUUGGCCUGAGUUCGCCGCCAAUGGUAAAGAAGAUAUCGAGAUCCGCCAUAUCCUCUCUCACACGUCGGGGGUCUCUGGCUGGGAUGCCGAUGGACCGCUCUCUUUCGAAGAAAUCUCUGACCUCGACGCAGCUGCAGCAAAGCUAGCUACGCAGGCACCGUGGUGGGAACCCGGCACAGCAUCUGGAUAUCACUCAUUCACGUUUGGCCAUCUACUAGCAGCCAUCGUCCGUCGCGCGACGGGUACAACGCUAAGAGAUUUCAUCAUGGAAGAGAUCGUGAAGCCACUGGGCGCAGACUUUCACUUUGGCGUUUCCGACAAAGAACUCCACCGGACGACGGAUGUUAUUUCCGCACCUAUGCCUCCCCUCGGUCCCGGCAUGGGUCCCCAGCCGGGUUCCAUCACGUUCAAGACCAUGAACCCCAUGCCCUUCCCCUCAGACUUCGCCAACGGUCCUACCUGGCGCCAGGGCGACAUCCUCGCCGGGAGCGGGCACGCCAAUGCCUACGCGCUCUCGCGAAUUCUCUCGAUCAUCAGUCUCGGCGGCAGCGUCGACGGCAAACGUUUCCUCUCACAAGACACCAUCAACCUCAUAUUUGAGCAACAAUCCAACGGGGUUGAUCUUGUUAUGGGCGUGCCUAUGCGUUUCGGUAUCGGAUUUGGCAUUACGGGCGAAGGUGGUACGGCGGUUGCUGAUUUCCUGCCUAACGGACGUAUAUGCUUCUGGGCAGGCCUCGGUGGAUCAUUCGUCGUUAUGGAUCUAGACAGGAAAAUCACCAUCGCAUAUGUGAUGAAUAAGCUGUCCAUGUCGGGUUUGGGAAACAACGCUGCGAAGUCUUACAUCAGGGCCAUUUAUAAGGCAUUAGAGGAGCAGUGA